AUGUCUUUAGAAAACCCAACUCUCCUCCCCAGCAUCGCAUUCCACAAUCCAUCAAAAUGUAAGCCAAACUUCUCCAGUCCAGCUCGCCAUCAUGCCGCCUCCAUGGCAGAUGCGCCGGGGGAACUCCCAGCGGAAGGAGAACCGGAACAAGGACAAGAACCACAGUCCUUUGAAGCACCUGUUGGGCCUCUCCACCCUCCGAAGAAUCGCGCACUCUCAAUCCGCUCGAAUAAGAACAGCGGCUCUGCGACCAGUCCCCGCCACCAUACCUUCAGCUUCGCAUCCCUUCGCGGCACCGCCCAGCCCGAACUCAGUAAGAAGCUCUACAAGCUGAUCAAAUCCGAGAACCACCUGAUCCAGAGCUACGAGAACGCCGGCAAAGAGCGUCUCUCCAUCGCCAGCCAGCUGUCCGACUGGGGUGAGGGCACCAACGACGAUGCCAUCAGCGACGUCUCGGACAAGAUUGGCGUUCUGCUGUCAGAGCUGGGCGAACAGGAGGAUGCGUAUGCGCACAACAUCGACGACAGCAGGGCUAUUCUGAAGGCGAUCCGCAACACGGAGAAGAGCGUGCAGCCAAGCAGGGACCACAAGGCGAAACUCACCGACGAGAUUGCGAAGUUGAAGGUCAAGGAGCCAGAGAGUGCGAAAUUGACAAUCCUGGAGCAGGAGCUGGUCCGGGCUGAGGCCGAGAACCUGGUUGCUGAAGCUCAGUUGACCAAUGUUACGAGACAGAAGUUGAAGGAAGCCUACGCUGCGGAAUUCGCUGCCACCAUCGAGCGUGCCGAGAAGCAGAUCAUCCUCGCGCGCCACGGCCGCCGUCUCCUCAACCUCCUCGACGAUACGCCCGUCAUCCCCGGUGACGUCCGGCCCGCUUACGAGCAUAGCAACCAAGCCCGCCAGAUCCUGAACGACGCCGAAGAUGACCUCAAGGACUGGCAACCCGAACUCGAGGACGUCCCGUCACAGUCCGGAAACGUUGAGGGGAGUUUGAUGCAUAGCUCGGUGAGCCAGCACGGCACGACCGUCGCAGGAAGUGCUGCUGGCGAUGAAAGUGUUGUUCACCACCAGCCCUCGGAUGUGGUUGGUGUUGAGGCGAGUCGGGUUAGCAGUGGAACUGAUAAUUCGGUUGCGACUGGACACGCUGGGCGCGCUUAUCAGAUUAGUGAGGCCGAGAAUUCGCAGGUUGCCUAG